AUGUUCUCGCUGGUACUGAUGAGGUCCCAGCCCUACAGACUGUGUUCUCUCGGGAAGAUGUUACCACCACCAAAACGCACACCUUGUCUAGCAGGCUUCAUCUAUACAGCUGGUAGAUGGUCAAACAAAGAAAACAGCAGAACAGUCGAAAAGCUCUGUACAUUUUCAGUUGACAUAAGGAAAAUUCGCAGACUAAAAGGAUGGGUACUUUUGGAAGAUGACACCUAUGUUGAGGAGAUCGUACAUAUUUUACAAGAACUGGGUGCUGAUGACACUGCUAUAGGCAGCAUUUUGGAACGGUGCCCAGAAGCAAUUGUCUGUAGUCCAGCCGCUGUUAACACCCAGAAAGAACUGUGGCAGCUGGUGUGCAAAAAUGAAGAGUUAGUUAAGUUAAUCAAACAGUUUCCGGACUCUUUCUUUAAUGUUAAAGAUCAGGAGAACCAGAAGCUCAAUGUUCAGUUCUUUCGAGAGCUGGGACUCAGGAAUGUUGUCAUUAGCAGAUUUUUAACAACUGUACCUAGUAUUUUUCAUAAUCCUGUUGAGAAUAAUAAGCAAACGAUAAAGAUUCUCCAAGAGAGUUACUUAAAUUUAGGAGGCUCUGAAGCCAACAUGAAAGUCUGGCUACUAAAACUGUUAAGCCAGAACCCAUUUAUGUUGUUAGAUUCUUCUGCAUCUAUAAAGGAAACACUGGAAUUUCUCCAGGAGCAAGGUUUCACAAACUCUGAAAUUCUUCAACUUCUGUCCAAACUCAAAGGAUUCCUUUUUCAGCUUUGCCCAAGAAGUAUACACAACAGCAUUUCCUUCUCUAAAAGUGUUUUUAAAUGCACAGAUCAUGACCUAAAGCAAUUAGUUUUGAAAUGUCCUGCCCUUUUAUAUUACCCUGUUCCAGUUUUAGAAGAAAGAAUUCAGGGAUUAUUGAAAGAAGGGAGUUCCGUGGCUCAGAUAAGAGAGAUGCCGAUGGUUCUUGAAUUAACACCACAGAUAGUACAGUACCGGAUAAGAAAACUCAAUUCUUUAGGCUUUAGGAUAAAGGAUGGACAUCUAGCAAAUCUAAAUGGAACCAAAAAAGAAUUUGAGGCUAACUUUGGUAAAAUCCAAGCUAAGAAAGGCAGGCCAAUAUUUAACCCUGUGGCACCACUAAAGGCCGAUGAGUAA